UUUGUUUCUAAGGCGGAUCUGAGAGCUGCUGUCACUCACGGCGUCCGUAACGACUGUAAAUAAAACACAAAUACUGACAUUAACACUGAUUUCACUUCGAUUGCCACAAGAUCAAUAUUGAGGCUUCAGCUUCAGCUGCUUUGGAGCGCCAGCCAUGGCGUCUCUGUCCGAGGAGGUGUUGUUGGUGGUGAAGAGGGUCCGUCAGAGAAAGCAGGACGGGACUCUGUACCUGAUGGCCGAGCGGAUCGCCUGGGGUCCAGAAGGGAAGGACCGCUUUUCGGUCAGCCACCUUUAUGCCGACAUCCGCUGUCAAAAGAUCAGUCCUGAUGGAAAGGCGAAGAUCCAGCUCCAGCUGGUUCUGCACACUGGAGAAAGCAGCACCUUUCAUUUCGCCAAUGAGAGCACCGCACUGAAGGACAGAGACGCCAUCAAAGAACUGCUACAGCAGCUCCUGCCCAAGUUCAAGAAGAAAGCCAAUAAAGAGCUGGAGGAGAAGAACAGGAUGUUGCAGGAAGACCCUGUUCUGUUCCAGCUCUAUAAGGACUUAGUGGUGAGUCAGGUGAUCAGCGCUGAGGAGUUCUGGGCCAAUCGGAUGAGCCUGAAUUCUGUGGAGCACUCCCUCGCCAACAACAAACAACAGGAAGUGGGCAUCUCUGCUGCCUUCCUGGCUGACAUCAGACCACAGACAGACGGAUGCAACGGCCUGCGGUACAAUCUGACCUCUGACAUCAUCGAGUCCAUCUUCAGGACUUACCCUACAGUCAAGCAGAAAUACGCUGAGAACGUUCCUCACAACAUGACGGAGAAGGAGUUCUGGACGCGCUUCUUUCAGUCCCAUUACUUCCACAGGGACCGGAUCAGCACGGGCCAGCAGGACAUCUUCUCCGAGUGUGCCAAACAGGACGAGAAGGGUCAGAAAUCUAUGGUGAACCAAGGAGUGAAGAACCCAAUGGUGGAUCUUCUCUCACUCGAGGAUAAGACAUUAGAUGAGGGUUACGGCACAGCUAAAGUUCCCACUUCAUCAAACACCUCAAACAAAUCACUGAGAGAAAACAGCAACUCCGCCAUAAUCAAACGCUUUAACCACCACAGUGCCAUGGUGCUGGCAGCCGGCCUUCGCAGAGCGGAUGCUCCCAGUGAUCAAGCCAGUGAGACCAGCAGCACUGAUGGGAACUCCAGAGAUUCAGAUUUCUUUCAGCCGCCACUCAAAAAGGUGAAAUUACAGGAAGCCAUAGAAUAUGAUGACCUUCAGGGUGAGAGUGUGCGUAAGACCAUCGCUCUGAACCUGAAGAAAUCAGACAGAUAUUCCCACGGCCCGACUCCGCUGCAGUCGCAGCAUUACACCACCAGUCAGGACAUUAUCAACUCCGUCAGCAUUAUCCAGCAGGAGAUGAGGAACUAUAAACCCCGCCUGACGCAGGUGAUGUCCAGCAGUGCAGCGAGCUCCGCCAUCACGGCGCUGUCACCUGGAGGAGUUCUGAUGCUGGGCGGAGGCCAACAGACCAUUAACCAAUUAGUGCCCACUGAUGUUCAGGGCGAGCUGAAGCACUUGUACACGGCCGCUGGAGAGCUGCUCCGACACUUCUGGUCCUGUUUUCCCGUCAGCACUCCUUUCCUGGAGGAGAAGGUGGUGAAGAUGAAAUCUAACCUGGAGAGAUUCCAAUUGACGAAGCUCCGCCCCUUUCAAGAGAAGAUCCAACGGCAGUAUUUGAGCACUAACCUAACGGGCCACCUGGAGGAAAUGCUUCAGGCUGCGUACAACAAGUUCCAAGCCUGGCAAACGCGCCGAAUGAUGAGAAAAACCUGAGGAGACUGUUAGAAAAGGAUGAAAGAUAGAAAAGACUCUGGGUGAAUUUAAAAAAAAGGGAGAGGAACAAAGACAUACUCUCUCAGCUUGGGCCGACUGGGGCCUGAUGGGUGGAUUUUACAGCCAAUCAGAGCUGGAGGUGCUAGUGAGCAUGUCUGCCUGGGGGAGGAGCUUGAAGAGAGCAAAUUGUGUAAUCUUAUUGGUCCACUUGGAGAUGGGCUGCACCAGUCAGAAAUAACUGUAAUUAUGUACUUUUCUCUUUUACUUUGUUCGUUCCGUUCCGUUUUUUUUUUGCCUUUUUUUUCAGUGGAUGAUUUCAUUUCCUAUAAGAUGUGAAAUUUUAACAGAGUUGUAUUUCUACAAUGACCAAACUUGGCUCAAUGAUACCAUGGAAAGAUCUCAGGAACUUAUAACGUUUAAUGCAAAGGACUCGGUUUGAGGGAAAAGCUUUUAAGUCGAGGACUCUUUACAAAUCGGAUAAAUAGUUUGAAUCCUCCCGAGACUUGAGGCUGAUUGGAAAUCAGUCGCUCAAGACAUGCCAAGGGGAGGGGUAUGGCAAUACUGUAAAAAUAAUAGUAAUAAUAAUUUCUAUGUAGUGCAAGUACUGAUCUGUGUGUCACAAACACGUGUACAUGCUCAUCCGCACUGCUUCAUAAUGUGUCUUCUCUCCGUUGUGUAUGUUAUUUCAAAUAAAGUCAAGAUUUAAACAAUUAAA